AUGGGCGCCCUUUGCUGUCGACCUCAGCCGGUAGAUUUCGAAGGCGACGUUAAUCUCUUUCAUUUUGUUCUCUUGAGAUGUGUCGGCAAAGGUGCAUUUGGAAAGGUCCGAAUGGUCCAACACAAACAGACCAGAGAGUUGUAUGCCUUGAAAUAUAUCAACAAGACAAAGUGUGUAAAGAUGAAAGCAGUUGCAAAUAUCAUUCAGGAACGAAGAUUGCUCGAGGAGAUCGACCAUCCAUUCGUCGUUAACCUUCGUUAUGCUUUCCAAGACGAUGAAAACUGUUUCUUCGUCCUGGAUCUCAUGCUCGGUGGUGACCUUAGAUUCCAUCUUGAACGGUUAGGCUCGUUACCAGAGGACACAGUACGCUUCUACGUCGCAGAAAUAGCUUCAGCUCUAGCUUUCCUUCAUGAACACAGAAUCAUGCACCGUGAUCUUAAACCCGAUAACAUUCUCCUCGAUGAACGGGGUCACGCACACCUCACAGAUUUCAAUAUUGCUGUACACUUUAGCGAGCGCCGCAUGCUUACCGGCAUUGCAGGUAGCAUGGCUUACAUGGCUCCCGAGAUUCUUGCCAAACGCGGCUAUACUUACCCGAUCGACUGGUGGAGCCUAGGCGUUUGCGCAUACGAGCUUCUCUUCGGUCGGAGACCUUUCCGCGGAAAGACAAAUACCGACUUGACCCACAGCAUUAGCAAAGACAGCUUACGCUUUCCCGACGAUGCCGAUAAGAAGUGCUCGCGAGCAGGCAUGAUGGCAUUGAAAGGGUUCUUGGACCGUGAUCCUUCCAAGAGACUCACGUGCAAGCAAAGUGAUGGCUACGAAGUAAUGCAACGACACCCCUGGUUCCAUCCCAUUGACUGGGCGACACUUGAAGCCAAAGAAUUACCGCCACCGUUCACUCCUGAUUCAAAGAAGGCAAACUUUGAUGCAUCGCACGAAUUGGAGGAAUUGUUACUUGAAGACAAUCCAUUAAAGGCUAAAGCACGGAAGACGCGAGAUGUUAACACACUGAGUGCCGAAAUGAGACAGAUGGAAGAGCAGUUCGCAUCAUAUGACUUUAAGAAGAUGCUCCGGCGAUCAUACUAUCCCCAGAAUCAACAGAUCGUAUCAACCAUCACCGCAACUUCCUCCACAGGCGGACUCGUAUCAAGUCGGCCCGUAACGCCCGUAACAGACUCACCGGCCGAAGGCGUUAUACACGAGCACUACGAAAGCGAGUUCGAUGGCGACGAUGUCCGAAUGGAAAAGAUGCCCCGGGUCCUAGAGAAGAACUACUCAUGA